ACAAUAAGAUGAAAAACCAGUGAAGCAAAUCGCAUCAAUCACUCUAUGUAUGUGCCUUUCUCAUGGUAACAAGCUGGAGCAUGCGUUUUUACCUGUUACAGACUGUCUGCUGUUAAAAAUGCACCCUGUCAGUCCUGAUGAAUAUGUACUGUAGCUAGCAGUAUGUCUCGACAGACGGGACCCUCUGCUGCAUGUGCUGAAAACAAACCACCAAACUGCAAUGCUACCACACAUACAUUCAUGUCCCUAGCAAGCUAUAUGGAAAUGCGCGUCUGUCUCUUCAACAUCAUCGGCGCCCUAGUUCUUCCCUCGCCGUUCAUAUCCAUGGAUGGGCGGGAAUGUAAACAGAACAACCGGGCAAGGCAACCUUGGCCGCCUCCAUUUUCUUCAACUCCUUGGACAAAUGUCUGCAACUGACAGCAGAUGAAGGCAGGCAGGCACACAAGAAGAGGAAGAAGAUGAGAAACCAGUGAAGCAACCCAUGCAACCAUCUACUACUAACCCCUCUCCUCCUGUUUUCCCCUACCCAGACCUACAAACCAGCAAGGGCCUGCCUGCCCUGCUCUGCGGAUGAAACACCUAGAAACAAUCCUCCCGGUCCAAAGCUGCUGCUGCUCACACAAAGUGAACCCAGCCCAGGUAUAACAAGCACUCACCUAACAGGCACCAAGCCACCUUUGCAUUGCUUCCUUCCACUGCAUUUGCAUCCCAUCCCAUCCCAACCCCAACCUUGCUGCUGCCUGCCACCGCCCCACCGCACUCUGCUCACCCCUUCACCCACAUAUACACAUGAUUUCAUCCUCCCCAGCUGAAAACUAGCUGCUGCCUCACACUCUGCUACCGUCAACCAAAGCCAUGAGGGGUUUCCCGCUGGCCGGCGUGCUGGUGGCGCUGCUGCUCGCCGCCGGGGAGCUGCAUUGCGCAGCAACAGCGGCACCAGCACCACCAGCAAAGGCAUCGGCGCCACCGCCGCAACACCCAGGAGCGCCACCACAGCACGCACCACCAUCGCCUCCGCGGCGACACCGAUCAUCACAUGGACGAGCCCCGCCGGUUCCCAGGAAGCAGGACCCUCCAUCAUCACCACCGCCACCGCCGCCGAAGCAGGACCCUCCGCCUCCAUCGCCGCCUCAGCAGCAGCAGGACCCUCCAUCGCCACCGCCACAGCAGAUCAUACCACCAAUACAGGUCGUGCCACCAAUUCAGGACCCCGACGCGGCGGCACCAGCACAGCCACCCAGGGGCGGCAACCGCUCCGCGGUCUGCACCACCCUCCUCGUGUUCGGGGACUCGACGGUGGACCCAGGCAACAACAACCGCCUGCGGACGACAGCCAAGGCCAACUUCCCGCCCUACGGCAUCAACUUCUACGGCCGCAGGCCCACCGGCCGCUUCACCAACGGCAGGCUGGCCACUGAUAUGCUGGGUAACAGUUACAUAUUUCUUCCUCUGUCUCCUUUUGCUGCUGUUGUUUCAGGAUACCUGACUUGGCAGAGUUGCGGCGGUUGUGCAGCGGACAAGCUCGGUAUAAUGAGGACCAUCCCGGGCUUCCUUGACCCAACGCUCAAGCUGGGGCAGCUCAGGAAGGGGGUGAGCUUCGCGUCGGCGGGCUCUGGAUACGACGAUAUCACUGCCAACACAUUAAGCGCGCUGCCAUUCCGGAGACAACUGUGGCACUUCUGGCGUUACAAGCAACUGAUCCGAGCCCUGCUCGGACUGAGAAGAGCAGAGCGAAUUGUUAACAGGGCUACCUUCAUCAUAAGUGCUGGUACAAAUGACAUGCUCCUAAACUACAUCGCGUCAAACCGAUCAGCUGGCCCCAUCGCCAUGCUGCGGUACGAGAACCACCUGAUAGCACGCCUCGGCAACUAUACCCAGGUGAUGAGGAUGCUUGGAGCGAGAAGGUUUGUGUUCGUCGGGCUACCCCCGAUCGGCUGUCUACCGAUCGCAAGAACAUUGCUCGGAAGGGAUCCAGAUGGAUGCGACAGCGACCUAAACCAGCUGGCGGCUUCCUUCAACUCGAGACUGGUUCAGCUGUCGAAUUUCGUCAACUACCAGCCCCGAAUGAAGAGCGCCUACAUAGAUACCUACACAAUCAUACGGGCGGCAACAGACAACCCUCAGAAUUACGGGCUGACGGAGGUGUCAAGAGGGUGCUGCGGGUCGGGGAUGAUCGAGGUUGGCCAGACAUGCAGAGGGCGAAGGACAUGCCCGGACCCAAGCAAGUACUUGUACUGGGAUGCUGUCCAUCCAACAGAGACAACAAACCAGCUUAUCACAAGCCUGAUGCUGGACUCCAUUGCCGGAAUCUACAGCUAGACUCUCAAAGCUCCACAGCGAGGCCAUUUCUGUUCUCUUUCUUUCUUUUACACCGGUGUCAUGUGCUAUACUCAACUGUACUGCAGGUGCAUGUGCUACUGCAGUUCAGUUGAGUUGUAAAACUAGAACGUGUUACUGUAACCUUUGCAACUGAAGAAAAAGACACAGAAUAACUACGGUGGAUCAGCAUGGGCAAAUUACAGGGCAGGUCGAUUCCUUACCGUGGUUCUUGCGGGGCUGUUCCCCAUGAAGGAGAGGUCUAAUACCGGAAUCUACAGCUAGGCACCGAAGCUCAAGAGGAUCCUGUGUGGAUCAAGCCAAAGUGUUUAAGGCUACUUUUU